AUGUCCUUCGCGCGUCCGGGCCCGCGAACGUACGAAGAUGCCGUCCGGGUCAUCGAGAGCCGUCAGCGGAGGAAAAGACCAAAAGGCACAUCGGCCGGAACUUCUGCCCAAUCCACGGGCAACAGCGGCACACCCGAUCUUAGAGGCCUUCCCGGUAUCACAGGCAUGCGCGAGUGGCUCGAUAUGCUUGGUCAUUCACCCGACGCCAUCAACUCACUGAAUGUCAUCCACCUUGCGGGAACGAAAGGGAAAGGCAGCACUUGUGCGUUCACCGAAUCCUUCCUACGAGCGCAUGGCAAACGCACAGGUUUUCCCCAGAAGACCGGGAUGUACACCUCACCUCACUUAUUGAGACCAGAGGAGCGUAUUCGGAUCAAUGCGUCGCCUCUGGCCACUACCAAGUUUGCCCAGUAUCUCUUUGAAAUUUAUGAUAAGCUGCCUCAGCUGGCGGCUGAGUACGAUCCGGGAAAAUCAGUCGUCGAUCGAGGGCCUCGAACUCUGCAGCUCUACGCUCUGCUAGCCCUCCAUACUUUCAUCCGUGAGAGGGUGGAUGUGGCGAUUAUUGAAACUCACAGCGGCGGCGAAUACGACGCUACGAACGUGGUAUCAAGGCCGGUGGUCACUGCGAUCACCAGCCUGGGGAUGGAUCAUGUACAGACGCUCGGCCCGUCUAUCGAGAACAUUGCGUGGCACAAGGGAGGGAUCUACAAGGCUGGUGCCGCUGCAUUAUCGACGAAGCAGGAUCCAGAACCCGCCCGCGUGCUUGUCGAGCGUGCUGGGCGGGUGAGUGAGGACGUGACGUUCGUGGAAGAGGAUCCAGCUCUGCCAAGGGGCACAUUACAGCUGAAACCGCUGGUGCAGAUGAAGAAUGCGUCUCUCGCGGUUGCGGCGGCGAACGCCUUCCUCUCGCGGACCAGAGGGCAUCAGUCCCAAUCUCUUGACGAGAAUGAUGUCCGCCUCGGAGUGGAGCAAUGGCACUGGCCUGGUCGAUUCGAGAUACUCCCCAGAGACCAAUGUACCUACUUUGUGGAUGCAGCACACAACGACAUGAGCGUGGGCAUCGCAGCGGACUGGUUCGUGGAGAGCAGUCGAGAAAUGUUGGCAUCAGCCGUUCGGGUUCUGGUCUUCAGCCAUAUCAACGAGCUCCGGGAUGCCGUCGGAGUUUUGAGCAGUCUGGCCGAAGCCUUGCGGCGGGUUGAUACGCAUAUGGAGCACGUCGUCUUCACCACGUACGCUGAAGCUGAGAGUGACGAUGCAUCGGCAGCAGCAAGCGACCUGGCAGUGUUCCGUGAUACGUGGGAGCAGCAAUUCCCGAAUUCUCGCAUUUGGCUGGAGCCAACGGUUGAAGGGGCCAUCAGGCGGGUGGAGGUGGUGGCAAAGCAGCAUAUUGCCGCGGACAUUCAUGUUCUGAUCACGGGAAGUCAACAUCUAGUUGGACCAGCGCUGCGGCUGUUGAGUGCCGGCUAG